AUGGGCUCACCAAGGCGGCAGGGGGACUUCAGCCAUAGGAAUGGCACUUCCUCCAUCAAAACCAGCAGAGGCAAUACAGGCACCACUAUGAUAUUUGGCAGGCCAGACCAUGUCCAAGGUGGAACAGGGUGGGCCAUGGACGGAGGAGUGGCACCAAUAUGUGCCUACCGGGUGAUGGAGGAGGGAAUCGGGGGGCGGCUGUGUUUUCGACACACACAGCUGGGGUUCAGGUGUCAUCGUGGAGACUGCCGGACUGUUCCAUCUGCAGGAGGGUCCCUGGUGGCCAACGUUUUGACCAACGGCAGCGUGCUACUACAGUUUGUAACUGCCCCACCAAAGAGGGUAUUCGGUGGACGACGUGUCAGAAGGGGUGGGUUUGGGCUAAGCUGCUGGUGGAACGGGAGCUACACCCAGUUUGAGUGCGCUAACACCCAUCUUGGCUCUGGUUGCAGGGACUUCUUGCUGACUGAGCUGCAUGAGAGCGUCCCUUACCGCAUCUGCCUGCAUCCGCUUGCCUCCACCCUGACCCCACCGUUCCACUCAGAAGGAGCAGGCCAGAGGGAGGACCUGGGGGACUGUGUGGAGUUCACUGUCUCACCCUUGGGCAUGCAGGACAUUGUGAUUGCCAUGACAACAGUGGGAGGAACCAUCUGUGUGAUGCUGGUCAUCAUCUGCCUGCUGGUGGCGUACAUCACUGAGAACAUCAUGAGCCCCACGACACAGCACUCACACUCCACAUACCACUCCCACCACUAA